CCUUUUGCUCUCAUCUCUGCUCCUUCAUUCUAUACUGAAAUAUGCCUGACACCCUCAUCCCCGAAGGCUACACCUUCCUCAACCCCAGCCAGAUGAUGUCGAAGAAGGGGAAGGAGCUAGCUAUCCAGCUCUUCGAGGAUGGGGACAAGCGCGACCCAGACUUACAUGACAUGUACAUCUACAACGAUUUCUUCGCGUACGGCUGUCUCGACCUCAUCGACAAGUGCUUGAGUACUCUGCAUACCCAAAUUGCCAAGAAGAACUGGCCGCUAUGCAUGUCGUACCUGGAGGCUCUCACCAUCUUCAUGCUGCGCAAUGACGCGUGGGGCAUGGCCGACGACGGCGAACGCGUCGAUCUCACCGCGAAGGCAUACGGCGCGUGCCUCGUCACCGUCCUGCGCGCGCUCAAGAAGAAUGGACAGCUAAACACCGACGCGUAUCCCGCGCUUGGAUACCUUCUCAAGAACGCCGCCGCCCUCGGCGAAUGUGUCCAGGGCAUCAACGCCGGCUCUGAUUUUGCCUCCGUCUGCAAAGGCAUUGGCAAACGACUAUUCAAAGAUCAGUCGGUCGAGGAGAUGAAGGCGCUGCACCUCGCGAGGCAGAAGGAGUGGUUCGAGGGCUUGGAGGGGGAGGAGCGGAAGACUAUGGAGGAGGUUAUGAAUGAGUCGGACGAUGACGAGGAUGAAGAAGAAGAUGAUGAUGAGGACGAGGAUAUGGAGGAAGGUGGCGCGGAGGACCAAGGCAAGAAGGAGGGCAAGCCGUGGUGGAGCGGAGGAAGGGAGGGCGCGGAGGAUGAGAAGGACGCAGACUUCGUCCUCAGUCGCGUGUGGAAGGAGUACAAGGAUUAUUUGUCGGAUGUGCCCACGAAGCCGCUGCGCGGGCCGCCGCAGUGGGACCUGACGAAGUGGAGCAAGGCGGACAAGGCAAGGUUCAGUUUCGACGCGAUGGACGAUUGAUGCAGCUUCGUCACGUUGGCUGAUUGACAUAUAAAGAUGCUGGAUUUCUUGGUCGUAUUCCUUUCCUGCUACGCUAUUGUUGUCUUCCUCGACCUUGGGGUUAUUCUUGGUAAUGUACGUGCUAUGCGACUGACUGCUGACGCGCUUCGUCAUAUCAAUAUAUAGGCUAUAGUUAUACGAAGUCUUUUGAGCCGUGUUCAGUAUGCCCAAAGCAGACGCCCAUGUAUUCUUCUCCCAGCUGGCUGGCAAAAAUAUCGCGACCUUCCUAUGCCAUCGACAGGUUCU